UUGACUGUUGACUAAAGAAUGGUUUCAAGACUAAUUCUUCAUUAGCUGCACACUUCCACGUUAGUUUACUGCAGUAUAAGCUAACAGUUUAAAUAUUAUCAUCGAGCAAAAUAACAAAAACAAACAUUCUUGACCCGACUUCGCCAUUUUUAAGACAUGUUUUCAUAAUUUGACGUAUCAAAUUAUCUGUCAAAAUUGACAAGUAUGCUCCACGACCAAUCACGUUUAUGAGCUUUCGAGAAGUCACUUAGAUCUUGCUUAGAUCUCUAAACCAUCUCUUAUUGAUGUCUUAUUGAAAUAAGACCGGAAUCAAAGUUAACGUCAAUUUUGACAUAUCGUUUAGUUAUCGAUCUUUUCAAUCUCUUUCCAAGAACUAACGCAUCUCUAAAUCAUUGUUCGAAUCGGGCCCAUGGUCAUGAACCAUUUGAUACGAAAAUAUAAAAUGUGUAUGUUGUUAUAAUUUAUUUACUUAAGUAAUUAUAAUUGUUAGUAACAGUGCAUACUUAAAACUUAAUUAGAAAAAAGUAAAGUUAAUUAUAUUACUAUGGGGAAAACAUCAAAAGAUAAAAGAGAUAUCUACUAUAGGUUAGCUAAGGAGGAAGGAUGGCGAGCUAGAAGUGCAUUUAAAUUGUUGCAAAUUAACGAAGAACACAACAUAUUUGAAGGAGUGCUCCGCGCCGUGGACCUCUGCGCUGCUCCCGGUAGCUGGAGCCAGGUACUGACAAAGAAACUGAGACAGAAUGCUCAAAAUGAAGAUGAAGUCAAAAUAGUGGCUGUCGAUUUGCAGGCUAUGGCGGCUCUGCCGGGCGUCAAACAAAUACAAGGCGACAUAACCAAGUUGUCGACGGCUAAUGAAAUCAUUAAGGAAUUUGAAGGAUUAAAGGCAGAUUUAGUAGUUUGUGAUGGAGCUCCAGAUGUAACAGGUCUGCAUGACAUUGAUGAGUAUGUCCAAUCACAGCUUCUCCUUGCUGCCUUGAAUAUUACUACACAUGUUCUCAAGGAUGGUGGUGUAUUUGUGGCUAAAAUCUUUAGAGGGAAGGAUGUGUCACUUUUAUAUUCGCAGCUGAAGCAGUUCUUCAAGUUUGUUACUGUCAGUAAGCCCCGAAGUUCAAGAAAUUCAAGUAUUGAAGCAUUUGUGAUAUGUCAGAAAUACCAGCCACCAGAAGGCUAUGUACCAACAAUGGUGAAUCCUCUGCUGGAUCAUAAGUACUGUGAUUUCAAUCAGUUCACUGGCCCUAACAGAUAUAUUGUGCCAUUCAAUGCAUGUGGGGACUUAAGUGCAUAUGACUCAGAUACCUCAUAUCCUUUGCUGUUGGAUGGACAGUCAUCUUAUGAAUAUAAGGAGCCUGUUCAGGGCCCUAUUAAUCCACCUUACAAAGAAGUUUUGGACAAGACAAAAAAUUUGCAGUUACAGUAAAUUUUAAUACAUAUAAAUUAAGUAUAUUUACUUACUUACUUAUAUUUUAUAUAUUUUGAUAAGUAAUCAAAAAUAUUGUAUUACUGUUAUUUUAAAAAACUUGUAGAAAAAAUACUAUACCACUAAGUUUAAGUCUGCAGUCUCACAACACCUGGGUCACAUUAAAAAUAAAAGGAUAGCUGUUGUCUCUUAUUAUUAUUUGCAAAGUUUGAUGUUUAUGAUGGUUGUCUUGCAAUAGAAAAAAAAAUGUUUUUAUAUUUUAUGUAUGUAUUGUUGGGCUAUAAACUGAAAACCAGAAUUGUGACUGCUAGUUUGUAUCACAGCAAAUUUCACACUUUUUUCACACUAUUGUUCUAGACUUAAGAAAUUAUGUUAAUUGGGUACUUGACACAUGUUGAAUAUUAUAACAAAAAGCUGAAUGGAUAGAAAACGAGCCGAGAGUAAAAAUGGAUAAAAAAGUGGAAUUUAGAAAGAUAUAUUGAGAUUAUAAAAAAAUACAAGGCUUGGAGCCUCAACUCAGCCUUUUUUUUAUGUUUUAUUGAAAAUUUUAUUAUAUCACAACUAUAUACAUAAACGCAAUAUUUCAGGGUCAAAAUAGCAAUUUUCUUGAUUUUCCAUACAUUUAGGACAGACUAAUGUGACGUCACAUUGCAAUAUCAUUUUGUUAGAGGCGUAUCAAUUGUCGAAUGCGAGCAUCAGACUUUAAGCUCUCAUUUCUGACCUUUGUGUUGCUUAAAUGCCAUGAGUCCUAUAUAGACAUUUGAUCCUUAGGAAAAUCAGGAUCGAUUGACAUUAUUUACAAAAAACUGUCAGGUAGCCAAUUGUAAUUGUUGCUGAUCUUGUGUCUAAAUUGUCCAUUUGGUUGUUUCUGUCUUGUACCCUAUGUGUGUGCCAAUUAUAAUUCUUAUUCUCUUUA